UAUCUCAUUUCUGGAACCAAAAGAAAUUGCAGGAAAAUAUGGUUAAACUAGUUGUGUUUUCAGUCCUUUUUGCCUUCUUCUUCAUGGGUUUUUCGCGUUUGCAUGCUGCUUCUUCUACCAGCUUCAAGCCCAAAACUAGCCUGCAGGCCAAGAGGAGCUGCCCUUACACAGUGAUCAUAAAAACCAGCUGCUCUUCAGCCACUUUCACCAGAGACCAAAUCAGCCUCGCCUAUGGUGAUGCUUUUGGCAAUGAGGUGUAUGCAAAGAGGCUUGACAAUCCAGCUUCAAGGACGUUUGAGAGGUGCUCCUCCGACAAGUUCGAGAUAAACGGGCCAUGUACGCGUAACAUCUGUUAUCUGAACCUUCUGAGGAAUGGAUCCGACGGUUGGAAACCUGAGUUCGUCAAGAUCUACGGUCCACAUGCAAACACUGUUUCGUUUAACUUUAACACUUUCCUGCCCAACCGAGUGUGGUUUGGACACAAUCUAUGCCAUGGUGUCUCUGCCCCUUGAAAUAUUUUGUCAUCAAAUCAAACAUCUAUGUAUGCAUAUUAUUGCAUGUCUCUGCCUCU